GGACCGCCCCCUGCGAUCCCUCCACUGAGCGACACUGUGGUCGAGGGCGGGCCACGUACCCAAGCGAGGAAUCAAUCUCGAAGUCUCGGCGGCAAUUGAACUUAUGCUUGAGACCGCCAACACUUGCCAUUGCCAGAUCGUGCGCCCACUGUGAGAACAGGUCAACAUCAGCUGACCAUUUGGUUACGCGUUGGAGCUCACAGCAGGCAUUUUCGGUGGGUCAGCGUCCUUUUUUUUUUUUUUGCAUCAGCUAUGGAGCCAGCUUCUCCCGAAAUCUCUGUGUCUUCGACUGGCAACAGCGAUGUUAUCCGGUUCGGCAUUCUUGGGUGUGCACAUAUAUCCCGUAAGAACAUUCGAGCAAUGAACAUGUUGAAGGACGUGGAAGCGUACGCAGUCGCGAGCCGUUCCUUGGCAAAGGCAGAAGCCCAUGCCGUCGCGACGGGAAUGAAACCGGGAAGCAAAUGUUAUGGAAGCUAUGAGGAGCUGCUUGAAGAUCCACUUGUGGAUGUGGUUUAUGUACCCCUGCCAUCUGGCCUGCACCUGGAGUGGGUUAACAAAAUUGCUGCGAAGGGCAAGCAUGUGCUUCUGGAGAAGCCGGUGGCAAUGAGUAUAGAGGAGUUCGAUAAGAUGCUGGAAGUGUGCCAGCAAGCGGGGGUGCAGCUCAUGGAUGGAACAAUGUGGAUGCAUAACCCGCGGACAAGCGCGAUGAAGAGCAUACUGAAAGAGAAGAAGGCGAUCGGCAGACCCAUUUCAGUUUAUGCGGCUUUCGCAGCCCCUCUGAUGAAUGCAGACUUCCUGAAGAACAACGUGCGGAUGCAGAAGGAUCUGGAUGGUCUCGGAGCACUUGGGGACCUGUUGUGGUACUGUGUUCGCGCUGUGCUUUGGACAAUGGACUACGAGUUGCCAAAGGAGGUGCGUGCUCGACCACACACGGUGUUCAACGACCAAGGGGUCAUCGUUCAGUGUGGAGCGGACUUGUUUUGGGAGAAUGGGACUGUUUCUUUCGUCGAGUGCAGCUUCAAUGGUGGGCUUCGACAGACCGUCGAAAUCAGUGGAACGACGGGACUGCUCACAGUGAUGGACUUUGUCCUGCCUUCUGUGGAGACUACUUCUGUUUUCGAGAUCCGGAGGAGGUCGUCGAAUCCGCACGUUUACGGGCAUAUUGUGGAUAUCGAAAGACACGAGGUGAAAACUGAGCUUCCCCAGGAAGCGUUGAUGGUAAACCAAAUGGCGCAGCUAGCGAGGGGGCUGAAGAAUGGCACGGGAGUCGUCGACAACCAUUGGCCGGAUAUUGCGAGGAAAACCCAGCUUGUCCUCAACGUAAUCGAAGAAUCUAUCAAGGCUGGUGCGAUCACCGUGGCUGUUCAAUGACUACGAUUUUACAGACGGAUGUACAUGUCGGGAGUCGUUUGACGAUAGAGUUUGUCGAAGGAUGAAAGGAAAUAUCUUUGUCGACACAGACAGUGUGAGCAUAUUUGUGCCCACACUUCCAGUAUGUGCUUGGUCAGGUGGAGGGGUCCCCUAUUUUACUACCGGUCGUCCCCCGAAUCGAACGUACGGGCACAGCUCCUAGGUCUCCUAGGUUUCGGUGGUUUCGGUGGUUGGGGCGUGUAGUCAUAUGGGUAGGUUCGUGCGAGGUAUACUUGAGAGAGAAGAAUGUGGCUUAGUGCAAAGUUCAAACAUACAAAAAAAAAAGAGACGUCUGUAGCUUAGUGCAAAGUUCAAACAAACAAAAAAAAAAGAACAUGCAGUGAUUGUAUCAAUUUGUAUCCGUUUAUUUGGCUUAACUUUCAGUCCAGAUGCAGCGAAAAUGGCAUUUUUAUCUAUUCAGGUGAAGCGGAUAGGUAUUUCUAUACUGCUAUCUGUGUGUGUUGCCAUGGGUUAGUUUUGAAAUCUAUUUGCUUCUGCCUUUUACCUUCCUUCUGCAUAUUUAAAAGGCCUUUCUCAGCUCGAUUCAAUCCACAAUCUAAAUGCUCACUGCAACUGACUUAAUUCAAGUUAAUUGAAGCUAAUUCCUAAUAAAUGCUAAGUAGCAGCACAUGGUUAUGUGUCACCUCAUUUCGGUUGUUUGACGGAAUCAAAAGUUUUGACUGAG